GUACUACUAAUACUUUGGCCCAUACUCUCUACGGUAUUAAGCAUGCAGUGACUGCAACAUUGCAUAUUGUAAUGGGACAUAUUCAACCAGUAGAUGUCUGUACUUUCAGUACUCCAAGCAAGCUGUUGCGGUUUGGGUUCUCAGCUAUGUUUGGUUUUGGUGCAAGGACUCUAGCUUUGGCUGAAAAACACCGUUGGAUGCCCUCCAACCAGCGGAAGGAUUUUGCUUUUAUCAAAACACUGGCAGAUCUCAAGCCAGAGGAAUGUGAAUUAUCCUUUCUACCUCUACAAAUUCCCCAGGAAGACUCUCCUGAGAAUGACAGAAAGAAGAAAGAGAAAAUUAAAAAAAAGGGUAGCAAGGAUCAAUGGCACAAAAUUCAGGGUCACUUCCUGAAUGUGAGCAUUAUGGCAAUCCCUUGUCUGUGUUCAAUGGCACCAAGAGGCUUGGCACCUAAUACGAGGUUGAAUAAUGGAAGCAUGGCUCUUAUUGUUGUACAAAAUACUUCUCGAACAGAGUUUAUAAAACAUCUGAAAAGAUACGCCAGUGUAAAAAAUCAGUUCAAUUUUCCCUUUGUUGAGACCUACACUGUGCAAGAAGUAAAAGUACAACCAAGGCUUAAAAGUGGGCUUGGUGCCAAAGAAAAUACAUAUUUGAAUGCUGCUUCUGCAGAAGGAAAUUACCCUUGGAAUAUAGAUGGAGACUUAAUGAAAGAAGCAUCAGAAGUUCAUGUUCGGGUCCAUCCUCAACUGAUCGAUCUCUACGGAGUGAACACUGAUGACCUGGAGAGUUCCCAAGCAACAUGCAACUGCAUAUAGAAGGGACACGCUGCAAGUUCUGUAUUAAAGAAUCCUUUUCUCACUUCAAUGCCCAGCUUUCCAAGGUCCCAGCCUUUCACUCACUGAAUUCAGCUGUUGUAGCAGAA